CGAAAGUGACGCAAGAGCAUAAAGUUGCCGUAUUGGCGGUGGUGGUGAAUUGCAAUAGGGAAGAGGGAUAACGUCGCGUGGCACGAUGGAGGACCCUGCUGGUACUGGCACCCCGGAAACUUCAGGCGAGGAGGAGGCUCUCUUCAGCAGCUUUGACAUCUUCCUCUUUUCCCUUAUCGUGGGUCUGUUGAUCUACUGGUUCUUCUUCCGGCAGAAAAAGGAGGAGGUGCCUGAGUUUAAGAAGCUCACCACAGAGUACUGCAUGGCCACGUAUGGGGAGGGGGACCCCACCGACAACGCCCAGGACUUCUACGACUGGCUGCAGCAGGGGGAAGUCGACCUAUCCGGCGUCAAAUACACGGUUUUUGCCCUUGGGAACAAAACGUACGAACAUUACAAUGCAAUGGGAAAGUACGUGGAUAAGAGAAUGGAAGAACUGGGUGCUAGCAGGAUCUUCGACCUGGGGCUGGGAGACGACGAUACCAACCUGGAAGAGGACUUUGUCUCUUGGAGGGAGCAGUUUUGGCCAGCCGUUUGUGAGCAUUUCGGAGUGGAGGCAACAGGAGAAGAAUCCAGCAUCCGUCAGUACGAGCUGGUGGUGCACGCGGACUGCAACAUGAACAAGAUCUACACCGGCGAGCUUGGCCGUCUCAAGAGCUUUGAGACUCAGAAACCGCCUUUUGAUUCCAAAAACCCAUUCCUGUCAUCGGUGACCGUCAACCGCAAGCUGAACCAGGGAGGGGACCGACACCUGAUGCACUUGGAGCUGGACGUCACAGGGUCCAAGAUUCGGUAUGAAUCCGGAGACCACGUGGCGGUCUUCCCCGUCAACGAGACAGCUCUCGUGAACCAGAUCGGAGAGAUCCUUGGUGUAGACCUUGACACUGUCUUUUCCCUCAACAACCUUGACGAGGACUCGAAUAAGAAGCACCCUUUUCCAUGUCCCACCACCUACCGCACGGCCCUGAUGCACUACCUGGACAUCAGCAACCCACCUCGCACCAACGUCCUGUACGAGCUGGCGCAGUACGCCACUAAUCCCCAGGAACAGGAGAACAUGCGCAAGAUGGCAUCUUCCUCGGCCGAGGGGAAGGCUCUGUAUCAGAGCUGGGUGCUGGAUUCUCGCAGGAAUAUUCUGGCCAUUCUUCAGGACCUCCCAUCCCUGCGUCCGCCCAUCGACCACCUGUGUGAGCUGAUGCCCCGACUACAGGCUCGCUACUACUCCAUCGCCUCCUCCUCCAAGGUUCACGCCAACAGCAUCCACAUCUGCGCAGUGGUGGUGGAGUACAAGACCUUGACGGGCCGGACCAGCAAGGGCGUGGCCACAAACUGGCUGAAGAACAAGGUGGUGACGGACAAUGGGCACAAGCCCACAGUGCCCAUGUACGUCAGGAAGUCCCAGUUCCGACUGCCCUUCAAGCCCAGCAGCCCGGUGAUCAUGAUUGGCCCAGGGACCGGUAUCGCUCCUUUCAUGGGAUUCAUCCAGGAGCGAGGCUGGCUGAAGUCUCAAGGUAAGGAAGUAGGCGAGACUGUGCUCUACUAUGGCUGUCGUCACAAGGCUGAGGACUACCUUUACCGAGAAGAACUGGAGGAGUUUGAGAGGACAGGAGUGGUCACGCAGCUCAACGUGGCGUUCUCCCGAGACCAGGGAGAGAAGGUGUAUGUGCAACAUCUUAUGAAGAAGAACAAGGAGAAUUUAUGGAAGCUGAUUCACACAGAUAACGCCCACAUCUAUGUCUGUGGGGAUGCCCGCAACAUGGCGCGUGACGUGCAGAAUACCUUCUACGACAUUGCCGCCGAGCUCGGGGCCAUGAGCCACACUCAGGCCGUGGACUACAUCAAGAAGCUGAUGACGAAAGGCCGUUACUCGCAGGACGUCUGGAGCUGAAGACCUCGAACGUCUGACAAACAGCACAGCUCACACGCCCCCUCCCGGCACAUUAUUCCCUUUCAAAAGUGAAAAACUUCCCUGCUCACAUGUCCAGUUUGUUCCCCUCCUGCCUACCGCCCUGCACAUUUGCAGGGUCUUUAACUCUUAUGAUUAUCUUCUUGCAGCCUGUCCAGCAGUAGUCCACUAACCAAGCAAACCAAAAGUCUCUGUGGCCGAUCAGCGAUGCAGCCAUGGGGACAGUGGUGCGGGUGCAAAUGAUUUGAGCAAAAUGUCAUGUAAUGUCAUGUGGUGUUUCUGAUGUUGUGGAAAAUGAGAUUUAAUGUACAGCCUCAGACUAUGUGCAUUUUGGGCAGCUGAUUGUCGACAUUAAUGCAGACUUGCAGUAGCAGCAAACCUUAUGCAGCCAGUAACUUCAAACAAAAUGAAAGGAUGACAUUAAAUGUGAUAGGCAUUACUUACGGACGGAACGCUGAGUGUGUGCAUGUCUAGGAAGUGCUCCUGUUAAACUGUAUGUAUCGGAAGACACUGUCAGAGUGCUACAUGCUAUUCUUCCUAUAUAGAAAAUGCUUACCGUACAUAUACUGUGCAAAGUUUAGGCACUGCCUACGUGUGAAUUGGCCAUGCAUGUGCCAUUUGGUGUUUCAUUAAGAAGCCGUGAGAUCCGCAGCUGUGUAUGUGGUUUAACAUGAAAAGGGCAGUUUUGGUUAAAAAACAGUCACGUUAGGUUGCCUGACUGUGAUUCUAUGUGACCACAAAGUGGAAAUAAGAUUUUUUUUAUUUUUUUUUAUAUAUAUAUAUACAUCUCAACAGACUCAUUCAAAGCAGUACACAGUCACCAUGCUGAUAUUUUAAAACCACUGUAUAUGUAUAUUUCUGACUGAAGGGUUUAGCUCCUCAUAGGGUCCAACAGCAAUUUCCUUAAUAGGAUUUGAAGGCAUGAAUAUCUUGGUCAUGAGCCCAACUUCUUAAAACCACCUAACUAUUCUAUAAAUAUUGUAUUAUUAUUAUUUUUUUGUUUAUUAUUAAUGAUAACAGGUUUUGCCGGAAUAUCAAGACAUUUGCUACGAGGAGCCUAUUAAAGGUUAAAAAGAAUAUGUUGUUUCAUACUUGUGGCGAUAGUAUACUUUAAAAAGAGUUUUUAAACCAUGAACCUUAGUUAACCAAGGUCACCGCUGCAUUUACAGGUUGACUCCUACAACUACCAGAACCAGUAAGUUGGUACAGAAUAAUAGCAGUCGAGAGGUAUUUUGUAGAAAUCCAUUCUGGAGUCAGCUUGCAGUUUAUCUUUCAUGCCUGGAGGCUGAACUGAUGUAAAUGCCCCAGUCCGUCUGUUGGCACUGAUGCCAGGUCACAUUGUAUGUGCUUUUUAUUCAUGGCUGAGUCUGUUGGUCCAUAUGCCUUCAACCUCGUGAUGUUCUGUUCCGGAGGAAGCUCACUGAAUGUCACUCAGUGCCGUUAUGCUAAUGGCGUAAACCGUAACCACAGAAAAAAACAAUAUGAUGUUCUAAAUGAGGUUUUUUUUUGUAAUCGUUCGACUGGAUCAUAUAGUAUAAAUUUUAUAUGUUACACUAGUGCCUUCCCUUGUAUUCUCAGUGGGCUGCAAUAUCCGAGAUGAUUUUUAAAAAGAAAUGACUUUCAUAUCUUCUAAGCCAAACAUUAUAGAAUGUUUCGGUGGGCUGGGAUCGAGAUAUGUGUGUAUAUUUGAGAAACUGGUACUGUUCAUGUUACAUAUACGCAGUGUAAUCCAGUUUUAUAUGCAAUGUUUCUUUAAAAAUAGGCGUGUUUUUAAAAUAAUAAAACGUGAGAUUAAACCCA